AUGGUGCAGUGCCCAACACCUCCUAUGCCACUAUGGGCCCUGCUGGCUCAAAGUCCUGUGUCGUUGGUGCCGACACCCACCAGCUGGGUACAGGGAAGGGAGAGCCGGGCACACGAGUGCUGGCAAACUGGGAAGCGGUGGCAGAGUGCGAAGCUUUCUCAGAACCCUAAAACAGCAGGUGAAAAUGUAUGCUUUGGAGCAGAGAGUCCAGAGCUCAUUCUUCCCAAAAGGCUGCGCCUGGUUCACAAGCGAGACCUUGAGCACACCCAUGAUGCGGACAUUCCGGAAGCAUAUGAAGAAGAAUUGUUGUAUGAAUUAAAACUAAACAGGAAAAUUUUAAUUCUUCACCUUCUGAAAUCAAGAGAAUUCCUAGGCUCAAAUUACAGUGAAACAUUCUACACCACAAAGGGAGAAAUGAUCACCCAGCAUCCUCAGAUAAUGGAUCACUGCUUUUAUCAAGGAUCUAUUAUACAUGAGCUUGAUUCUUCUGCGAGCAUCAGCACAUGCAAUGGUCUCAGGGGAUUCUUCAGAGUAAAUGACCAAAGGUACCUUAUUGAACCAAUGAAAUAUUCAAAUGAGGGGGAGCAUUUGGUGUUCAAAUAUAACCCAAGAGUGCCACAUGCUGUCAAUUACUCUUGUGCAGAGCUCAAUUUAACCAUGAAAUCUGUUCCAAAAGAUACUACAUAUAAAGAAAACCACAAAGUGGAAGAAAACCAUAAGGAAAAGUACAUUGAGCUACUCAUUGUUGCUGAUGAAUUUGUGUAUCGCAGGAAUAGUAAUCCUCACUAUAAUCUAAGAAGAAGAAUUUGGGGAAUGGUCAAUUUUGUCAACAUGAUUUAUAACACCUUGAACACUCAUGUGACAUUGGUGGGCAUUGAAAUAUGGACAAAUGGAGACAAAAUAUCCCAAGUUUCAAACGCAGAUACUACCUUAUUGCGUUUUUCAAAGUGGCAAGAGACAGUCCUGAAAAAAAGGAAGAAUUUUGACCAUGCUAUGUUACUGAGUGGAAAGUGGCUCUACACAAGUGCACAGGGAGCUUCUUAUGGAAGGAGUAUGUGCCUGCCCAGUUACUCCUCCAGUAUCAUUAAGGAUCUUCUACCUGACAUAAAUAUCAUUGCAAACAGAAUGGCACAUCACCUGGGACAUAGCCUGGGCAUGCAGCACGAUGAGUUCCCCUGCACUUGUCCGCUGGGGAAAUGCGUGAUGGACACUGCUGGAAGCAUUCCUGCCAUAAAAUUCAGCAAAUGCAGCCACAUCCAGUACGAGCAGUACCUGAAGGCUUCUAAGCCGACCUGCAUCCUCAAUGUUCCAUUUCCUGACAAUCUUAAUGGCUUCCCAUAUUGUGGGAACAAGAAAGUAGAUGAGGGAGAAGAGUGCGACUGUGGGCCGAUUCAGGAGUGCACUAAUCCUUGUUGUGAUGCACAUAUGUGUGUACUGAAGCCAGGAUUUACUUGUGCCCAUGGAGAAUGCUGUGAAUCUUGUCGGAUAAAAAAAGCAGGGUCCAUGUGCAGACCAGCAAAUGAUGAAUGUGAUUUACCUGAAGUUUGCACCGGCCACUCUUCUGAGUGUCCAAAGGAUAGCUUCCGGAUCAAUGGAUUUCCUUGUAACAACGGAGAGGGCUACUGCUUCAUGGGGGAAUGUCCCACACGGCACGAUCAGUGCACCGAACUGUUUGAUGAUGAAGCAAAAGAGAGUCCUGAUGCUUGCUACAUGAUGAAUAAAAAAGGAAAUAAAUUUGGUUACUGCAAAAACAAGGAAAACAGAUUUGUUCCCUGUGAAGAGAAAGAUGUCAAGUGCGGAAAGAUUUACUGUACCGGAGGACACCACUCGUCUCUCCUCGGAGAAGUCAAGAACUUUCACCUUAUGGACCCAAAGAAUAAUGUCACCAUCAAAUGCAGGACCAUCUUUUUAUAUCACAAUUCUAAAGAUAUUGGUCUGGUUGAUUCUAGAACAAAAUGUGGAGAGGAGAUGGUGUGCAUCAAUGGUGAAUGUAUAAACAUUGAACAAGUCUACAAUUCAACCAGUUGUCCUCAGUGCAAUGAGAAUUCUGAGGAUGGCCGUGAACCUGAGUGCCAGUGUGAGGAAGAACGGAUCUUCCCAGACUGGAAGCAGACCUUACAUGUUACCAGUAUCUCCAUCAUGGUCAUUGUGCUUGUUAUGAUUGUUAUUAGUAUUGGAGUUAUCGUAUUAUUAAUUCGUUACCAAAAAUGUGUUAAGUUGAAGCAAGUUCAGAGCCCACCUGGAGACACCCUCGGAGUGGAGAAUAAAGGGUACCUGGGAGAUGAGCAGCCGAGGAGACCCGAGCCAAUGUUUUCUGAGAUUCCCCCUCCACAUAGGACUGCAGAACCCGUGGAGAGCCUUCCACACAGUUUUUCAAGUCCGCAUUACAUCAGUCUGAAAUCUGCAAGUAAAGAUCCAAGAGGAAGUGCAGAUUCCAAACAAAGUGCCAACAUGAGCUUGAGACUGGAUAUCCAGAAUGGCUGUGUGAGCCUGGGUUGA